AAAUGUCUCUGUGUAAUGCUGUCAUAUGCCAGGGAAACGCUUUUCCAAGCCCAGGAGCCGGCUGACGUCAGCGCCGGAUGGUCUCGGCGUUCCAAGCGGCAGGUGCGGCCGGCGCUCGCGUGGCUUCCUCAGAUUCACCGUCCGGCGUCCGAGGGAGGGAGUCAUCAACAGCCGCGGCUCCGCCGGAGGCAAGGUUUUCAUUCCCCCAUGAAUCCUCCGCCCUACUCGGACACAGACCCGACUGCCCCAAAUCCACCGCAACAGCAGCCAGGUGUUUCUCAAGCAUAUCCUCCUCCUGGGACUUAUCCUCCAGCGUCAUACCCACCCCCUCCUGGAGGGUAUCCGUACCAAGGCUAUCCACAAUAUGGCUGGCAGGGUGGAGCAACUCCAAGCGCUCCCAAACACACAGUGUAUAUAGUGGAAGAGAAAAAAAAGAAUGACACAGGGAUGGCUGCCUGCCUCGCCGCUUGCUGGGCGGCUCUCUGUUGCUGUUGCCUUUGGGACAUGCUCGACUGACCAGCCUCAACCUCCUCUUCCCAGAAGGCUUUGCGUCCUCAGAUGAUGAAGUUCUGAGUCCUGAUCUCUUUCCAUUGCUAUAAUGAAUGACAAGUUCUGCGCAAACAUCUCAAUUACAGCAUAAUGGAAUCCUA